GAAUGAGAUGAAGUAGAACAAGGCAAGAAAGAAAUCCAUAUUGUCCAGAUGUUUUAAAACGUGAAGUUUUCUUGUGCAAGGCAUUUGUGAAAGUGAAAGCAGCUCGAGUCGUGCAACCGGUUGAAUCCACCUUUCAGCUUCAACAGAUUUCUGCAAAAUUGAACAUAUUUUGUGAAUGUAUCAGGACAACCUUCGGUCUGAAUGCCGUAUACAGCACAUAUGCAACAUCGAGUGCAGAAGAAACACGGAGAUCAAAUGUGGCAUUUCUGGCUUUUAGUUUGUGUGACGGGUGUGUUUGGUGUUAAAACAGAUGAAGUGACGUCAGUGUCAGUGAUGGAGGGAGAUUCUGUCACUCUACACACUAAUCUUACUGAAAUACAGAGACGUGAUCAGAUUUUGUGGAUGUUUGGACCUCAAGAGACUCGUAUAGCUGAGAUCUAUAAGCAAAGCAUUCAUAUGUUUGUCAGCAGUGAGAGAUUCAGAGACAGACUGAAGUUGGACAGUCAGACUGGAUCUCUCACCAUCACAAACAUCAGAAUCACAGACUCUGGACUUUAUAAACUACAGAUCCAACAUUUUGAAGGGCUUUCAGUCAGGAGAUUCAGUGUUACUGUCUAUGCUCGUCUCUCUGUUCCUGUCAUCAGCAGAGACUGUUCUAAUUGUUCUUCGGUCUCAAAAUGUGUGUUGUUGUGUUCAGUGAUGAAUGUGACACAUGUGAGUCUCUCCUGGUACAAAGGAAACAGUUUAUUGUCCAACAUCAGUGUGUCUGAUCUCAACAUCAGACUCUCUCUACCUCUGGAGGUGGAAUAUCAAGACAACAACACAUACAGCUGUGUCAUCAACAAUACAAUGACAAACCACACACAACAUCUAGACAUCAAUGAUGUCUGUCAGGCGUGUUCAGACAAGAUCCAGUGUUUCAGUUUUACUGGAGCUGUGAUCCGAUUGGUCCUCUCUGCUCUGGUGGGCGUGGCCACUGUCGCUGUAGUGGUUAGUGACGUCAGAUCCAGAAGAGCUGGACAGAAGCAGAGAGACCAGACGUCACACCCAGAAUCUGAACGUUGCGCAUGAGAAUACACCAAUUUAUUUGAUGUUUAAGAUUCAUUUCCUGUUUUUAAAUGUUUUUUAGAGGGCCACGAAACACUAAGCAACAUUCACUUAGAUGUAAACAAAGUUGGUUGUGUUGCACAUAAUUGAAAACAAUGUUAGCAACUGUAAGUUUUUACAGUAGAGAAAACUUUUUCAAAUAAUACACGAUUGUGAGCAAAUAUCAAGACUUUUAAAGCUGCUUUAUCGAAUACAUGUAUAUGUACCAAAUAAAGUUUUUGUUAAUUGAUUUACAUUCGUAAUUCUCUUGUAUUUAUUUACUUACAGUAAAUAUUGUUGUUUUCAAUAAGAUUCAUGGGUGCUGAAUGGUAAUAUUGUUACAAUCACCAACUCCAAAGACUCAAAAUGUAACCAGUCUUCAUCAGUCCAGAAAGAAUUGUCUGUGAAUAAUUUUUAAAUAGAUUUAUUUAAUACAUGCCCCAAACAAAAAGGCGAACGGCCUGUCUGUGACUUGUGCUAUUUUGUCACACCUUGAAACAAGGCACCAAAAUAACACACGUGAGCCCGUUGAUUAUUAGUGAAUAUAACCACAUCACUUCUCA